UCAGGAUCGGCUCCGGUCGAGCAGCCGUCGCGGGGUACCGGGCGACCCGCCGUACAGGGGCCGUCUUCCGCCAUGGUGAAGGAAACUACCUACUAUGAUGUGCUGGGUGUAAAGCCGAACGCCUCCGCCGAGGAACUGAAGAAGGCCUACCGAAAACUAGCGCUCAAGUAUCACCCGGACAAGAACCCCAAUGAGGGCGAGAAGUUUAAGCAGAUUUCCCAAGCAUACGAAGUGCUGUCGGACCCGAAGAAGAGAGAUCUGUAUGACAAAGGAGGCGAGCAGGCCAUCAAAGAGGGUGGCUCUGGUGGCGGCUUUGGGUCACCCAUGGACAUAUUCGAUAUGUUCUUUGGCGGUGGUGGGAGGAUGCAGAGAGAGAGGCGAGGCAAAAACGUGGUCCAUCAGUUGUCAGUAAGUUUAGAAGACAUGUACAAUGGUGCAACAAGGAAACUGGCCCUGCAGAAGAAUGUUAUCUGUGACAAAUGUGAAGGUCGUGGUGGUAAGAAAGGUGCUGUGGAAUGCUGUCCAAAUUGCAGAGGAACGGGCAUGCAGAUCAGAAUUCACCAGAUUGGGCCAGGAAUGGUGCAGCAGAUCCAGUCUGUGUGUAUGGAGUGCCAGGGGCACGGGGAGCGUAUCAGCCCCAAGGACCGGUGCAAGAGCUGCAAUGGCAGGAAGAUUGUUAGAGAGAAGAAGAUCCUGGAAGUUCACAUCGAAAAAGGAAUGAAGGAUGGUCAGAAGAUAACAUUCCAUGGUGAAGGAGACCAAGAGCCAGGACUAGAGCCAGGGGACAUUAUUAUUGUCCUGGAUCAAAAAGACCACUCUCUAUUUAUAAGACGACAUGAAGAGCUUCACAUGCUUAUGAAUAUUGAGCUGGUGGAAGCACUGUGUGGCUUUCAGAAGCCCAUCACAACGCUGGAUAACAGAACUAUCAUUAUCACCUCCCACCCUGGGCAGGUGAUCAAGCAUGGGGCUAUUAAGUGUGUGUUGAAUGAAGGAAUGCCAAUAUAUCGCAGACCAUAUGAGAAAGGACCUCUGAUCAUAGAAUUCAGGGUGAAGUUUCCAGAGAAUGGCUUCCUCUCCUCAGGCAAGCUGUCUCUACUUGAAAAACUGCUACCUGCAAGGCAGGAAAUAGAAGAAACUGAGGAAAUGGAACAAGUGGAUUUAGUGGACUUUGAUCCAUCCCAGAAAAGAAAACACCACUACAAUAGAGAAGUCUAUGAAGAUGAUGAGCAUCACCCUAGAGGGGGUGUCCAAUGCCAGACAUCAUAAAAGGGCCAGUGAAUAACCUGUGAUGCUUGUUUUUAUGCAUUAGUGGAUGAGUGAAGGACUCCACCCUCACUUCCUACUCUUUGUUGUUCUAUCCAGACAUAGUUGUUUCUAAAAGCAUAAAGAAAUAGACCAAGUAAUCCAACUGACUUUGCAAUUUGUACAAAAAGCUCCAGGAUGCAAGCUUCAAACAAAGGUGAUGGCCACAUCACCCCUGCCUCUUGGUCAAGAAAACUCCCUUUACCUGCUUUUAUUCCAGGCCUUGUAAUUCCUGUAUGUGUGCAGUUUUGCCCAGGCUUAAACUUAAGAUUCUGUGGUGUUCUUUUUAGGAAUUCUAGAUCUUAUACUCUGUUAAAAGUAUGCACAAGUACUUACAGUUUAGGGUAAGACAUAGUUGAGUU